AUGCUUUCUUCGUGGUUAUUACGCUCGGCUAGUAAGCUGAUAUUUCCCACCCGUGCCUAUUCAAAUGUGGCCACUGCUAGCUCAGCUAAAUUGCAGGAGCUGGCCCUGGAGGAAAAGUGCAUUCUGGUAAAUGAUCGCGAUCAGUACACCGGAAGUGCAUCGAAGCGAGACUGCCACCGUGUGGAUCCUGAAGGCAACAUUCGCCUGCAUCGAGCCUUUAGUGUGUUUCUGUUCAACAGUGCCGGAGACAUGCUGUUGCAGCGCCGAUCCGUCCACAAGAUAACAUUUCCCGAUUGUUAUACCAAUGCCUGCUGCAGCCAUCCGUUGUACGACAUCGAAGGGGAGCGAGAAGAGCUGAACGCGCUCGGUAUUCGACGUGCCGCCCAGCGGAGAUUAAACUAUGAGCUUGGUAUCCCGAUGGCACAGGCACGACCGGAAAACUUCCACUACGUUACCCGCAUUCACUACGCCGAUCGGGGCGAUGGAACGUGGGGAGAGCACGAAAUCGACUACAUUCUGUUCCUGCAGAAGGACGUCGAGCUGAAGCCAAACGAUAGCGAAGUGAGCGAGGUGCGGUACAUCCCACGGAAAGGACUGAACGAUACGAUCGCUAAUCUCGAUGCACCGCUAACGCCCUGGUUCCGGCUGAUCUUACAGCACCGUCUUCAACUGUGGUGGGAUAAUUUGCAUCGUUUAGAUAGCUACGAAAAUCACAAACAGAUUGAACGAUUCUAA